GACCCUACUAAAGAUCGCUUCUCUUGUCAUCGCAACUCGCUGUCCCUCUCCCAUCCCGCGCUUUUGCCCGGGCCCCUAACGGGAUCUAGGAGGACCCACCUGGGACAAAAGUGGAACGGAGACGCCUUAAGUUGCAGUGGAUCUGCGCUGCGCGAGGAGCAACAUUGUUGUAGCGGAGCCCACGCGGCAUCGUCGGCAUGGAGAUGGAGAGCUCACCGGUUCCGCCCCUGGCGCUGCGGCUGGUGCUGGACUACCUCUCCGCGAAGGACGUGGUGUCGUGCGGCCAGGUGUGCCAGGAGUGGCGCUGCGUGGCGCAGGCGGCGGACUUGUGGCAGUAUAAGCUGCGUACUCAGCAGGACAUCGACGGGUUGAAAGAACUCCUGCGCGUCAUGAGAUUUGCGCCUUCGGGGAUCGCUAUCACUGUGAACGAGCUCGCCAGCAUAGACUGCCGCUCGAGUCUGUUCGAGGCUUUCGUGGAGGCGAUGCGGGAGACAAAAGUGCAGUGCAGGGACCUGACUCUUUGCCGGAACCGCCAACACAGGGCCUCCUGCGACGCCGUUCUGGGCACCAUGGCGCCCGGCCUGGAGGUCCUGACUUUGCCCGACGCCACCGGAGACCAGCUGUGGGCCGUCUCUGGGGACAAGGCCCCCUCGCUGCGGGAGCUGACGCUUGAAGUAGAAAAUGACGAGGAGUACGCCGGGCUUCUAAACAUCCUCGGCGCGUGCCGUUUUCCGGCUUUGCAGGGACUCUACUUUGAACGUGAAGACAACGACUGUGGCCUUCGGAGGUGCUACGCCAAGAUCGCGCGCUUAAAAAAGAAGUUGCAGAAGCAUUCGACUGCAAGCGUUCAAGUAAUGUGCUUCUCUUGCGAACAUUACGCGGCGGCCUUUGAUAGUUAUCCUGAAAAUGACGAUGUCGAGAACGAUUUCUACAAUUAUUUUGAUUUCUGAAGUUUUGGUGAUGUUCACACUAUAAACGUCCAUGGAAAAUUUUGGUGACGGUAGCCAGACACUAUUUUGUGCAUUACCAAAUCAGAAGACAGAAUUAAACCAGCUUAGUAACAAUUUACUGGCCGGUUUUGAUUUUGUCACCAGAUCUGGUAAUGCUCAAUUGAUUCUAGUUGCUAACAAAACGUGUCCAUAGACAUUUAGUUUGUAUUGGAUGCCCGAUGAUGAUUGUGAGAGAGUGGCUUCAAUUGCACAGAUGAUGUCUAUGAACGUCAAGGAAUUUCAUUACUUGUAAGACGGAAAUGUUUGAAUUAUAUGCUGAAAUAUAUAAGUGUCUACAUUAGUAGUUUCCUCU